AUGACGAAGGUGGAAAUCCCGCUGAAAACCAAAUCCGAAACAUCGGAUGCAUUCAUUCAAAACGAGAAGGACGUUGAGGUGCGAGUGCGAGCCCCGAAGCGAGUGCUGCAUUUCUGCGAUGGAACGCUGGAAGAGUUCAGCGAUGACGACACCGACCAGGUGGAUAACCCUGAGCCAGCUCCCGUAGACGAGUCAAAGCUAAAGUGGAGCGAAUGGAUGCGCUACAAAACGUGCAAAUUCGGCAGUACGGUGCUCGCGGGAUGUGAUUACGUUGGAGAGGGUCUUGCAUCGUUCCUGGGCAUUACGACACCGAAGUACAGCUACGAGAUUGAGCAAUUCAAACGCAUGCAAGCAGAGCAGCACGAAGAGGAUCGUGCAAUCCAGACGUUCGUGGAACAACACCGUCCGCAGAAUGGUGACACCGGUCAUAGCGUCAUUCAACCACCGUCCGCAGUACCUAAACCUGAAACCGGUACCAGUGAGGUUUACAUGGAAAAUGAAAUUCAAAAAUUUUAAACCACAAUCAGGCGAACCAUUCGGAUGUGUAAAUUGUUAUAGUAAUCAAAAGUAAAUGCACUUACCGGUCUUUGCUUUCUCAGUAACGAGCGAUAGAUCAUCUCAUUGAAUUUUGUAGCAUAUAGCGGAUUGAUCAGGAUUAGUGACAAAAAUAACAUUAAAAGUAUAUGGCACUAUGUAUUUUUUAAAUAAGAGAACUGAGAUUAGUUUGAUAUUCGCUAUUUAUUGAAUGCAUACGGAAGUACAUAAGGAGCACAAAUCAAAUCGGCUACCGACGAAACUGGAGCCAAUAUUUGUAAUUACACGGUUUAUUAUGCGUAUGAUUUAUCCCACCAAAUACUCUUCAUAAUUUAGGGGAGAAAGGUAAGUGCGAGUUUGGAUUGAAUUGACCAGUGUAUCUUACCAGGGUUCUUAACGAUUUAGAUGUUUCGUUUGAUGGUAGUAACAUAGCUUUUGUCAAAGAUCUUUAAAGGAUGCUUUUUUUUGUAUUUAAAGUAUGCCGACCAA